UGCUGUUUAUCUUAUUCUUAGCCGAGGUAUGCUAGCCUUCCGAACCAGCUCCCUACAUGUUCGAUGAAAUGCCUCACCCAAUUUUUCUUCAGGUUUCACUCAUUCUUUUCUCAUCUGCAACUUAUUUUGGCUUCCGCAGAGUUCAGGUGCCCGAAUUUGUGUUGAUUUCGUGGAAUCUUCUUCGAGCCACAACGGAGGUUAAGGUUACGGUAGCAGGAAAUGAGUUUGGUUACUUGCAGUAGUAAUCAGUUCCCUUUGAGCUCCAAUGUUCGGUCCUCUGCUGGGCCAUCUUCAAACAAUUUGAGGAGUUUUUUCGACGUUUCUCAUUUGGGAGGGGAACAGAGAAGACAUAAAUCGAGAAAUAGUCGCAGAAUGUCGAGCAUCACUGCGUAUUAUGGUCUGAAAAGCCCACCUUACGAACUUGAUGCUCUGGAACCAUAUAUGAGCCAGAGAACGCUCGAGGUACACUGGGGCGCUCACCAACGUGGUUAUGUUGAAGCGCUUAACAAACAUCUUGAAAAAAAUGAUAUAUUGUAUGGAUAUACAAUGGAUGAGCUAAUCAAAGUGACAUAUAACAAUGGCAACCCGUGGCCUGAAUUCAACUCUGCAGCUCAGGUCUGGAAUCAUGACUUCUUUUGGGAAUCAAUGCAACCUGGAGGAGGUGAAAUGCCCACACUUGGCCUACUGCAGCAGAUAGAAAAGGAUUUUGGUUCAUUCAUCAAUUUCAGAGAAAAGUUCAUAGAAGCAGCCCUCACAUCAUUCGGAUCUUGCUGGGUGUGGUUGGUUUUGAAAAGGGAGAAAAAAUGUCUUGCAAUAGUUAAAACAUCCAAUGCAAUUAACCCUCUGGUGUGGAAUGACAUUCCGAUAACUGGUCUGGAUUUGUGGGAGCAUGCAUAUUAUUUGGAUUACAAGAAUGAUAGAGCCAAAUAUGUCAACACAUUUAUGGAUCACCUCGUAUCUUGGGAUGCAGCAGCAGCACGUAUGGCUCGUGCACAGGCUUUUGUAAAUCUAGGCGAACCCAAAAUCCCAGUGGCAUGACAUGCUCCACCUUAAAUAGGAAAAAGAGCUCCAGCAAGGGGAGUGUUGGAACGAGUUCAUCGUCUAUAUCUCAGUGUGCCGAUGCUUAAACUUGAGACACCCUGGGGCAAGACCAAGAUGGAAUGAUUUUGUUGAUUGGAUAUUCAAAAUACUCGGAUUGUGGCGUGGGCCGGAGUCCCAUAGAGGGAGUUGCUAGGUAUCAAGGCUAUUGUUGAUGGUUCGUAGCCAUUGAGAAACUUCUGAGCUUAUUGUGAGCUGUGGUUAUGUUGCGGUUAGUCUUUUUAGCCUGUAAGCCUUUGUUCAUAUUUGCUGGGAAUUCAACCAAUAUAAUUUACAUGCCUUUUUGUUCUA